AUGUGGGGCGAGGGAGUACUAAGUCUGGACCUCUGGUUACGACCUAAAGGCGAGAGACAGGUUGUGAGAUACAAAACUCUUACUAAAGGGUUACAAAACUGUAAGGCGUAUACAUCACUGUGUAGCGCUGCCACCGCCGACGUCACCUGCAACGCUGCCCCUGCCGACGUCACCUGCAACGCUGUCCCUGCCGACGUCACCAACAACGCUGCCCCUGCCGACGUCACCAACAACGCUGCCCCCGUCGACGUCACCAACAACGCUGCCCUUGCCGACGUCACCAACAACGCUACCCUCGCCGACGUCACCAACAACGCUGCCCCCGCCGACGUCACCAACAACGCCGCCACCACCGACGUCACCACCGACGUCACCACCAACGUCACCACCACCCACCGACCACCAAGAUCCGGGUGA